CAUACAUGUGCCUCGGCUCAACCUCCAACUACCUUGGCGCUUGAUAGCUAUAAGACACCGCGUCCUCUGUCGCGUACGACAGUCCUCGUCUUCUCUCUCUCUCUCUUUCAUCCACAUCCUCUCGUAAAUAGGAAGCCAGCAGACCGGGCCACAGCAAUUGAAACACUUCAACCGACAGAUCACCAUGUCCGCUUCCAGCGAUAACCCCAAAACCUACACAGGCAGCUGCCACUGCCGCGCCGUCCGCUACACGGUAGCCCUUGACCUAUCCAACCCUUCCUUCGAAGCCACCAAGUGCAACUGCACCAUCUGCCUCAAGACGAACCGCCUGGGCGUUCGAAUCCCUGACCCAGAGCAGAGUUUCAAGCUUCUCUCGCCGGCCUCGCUGGACGAGGUGCCAAGCUACCGAUUCAACACCAAGCAGACACAGCACCGGUUCUGCAACAAAUGCGGCAUUCACAUUCUCUGCUACGGGGAAUAUGAGUAUGAGGGCCAGAUCUACAAGGUGUUCAGUAUCAAUGCUGUCACGCUGGACCAGGACCAGGAGGGGCUUGAUUUGCGCACGUGGAAGGUUCGUUUCUGGGACGGUAAGGCGGAGAAUUGGAAUGCUGAGCCGGCUGAGAAGCCGUACCCCGGUGGUAGCUACUAUUGACGGAGGGUGGUGAUAGCCCCAGGAGAUAGUGCUUUGGGUUGAAGUCAUGGAAUGUAAGCGUCGUUUAUACGAAGGAGGAAUAUGUACAUACAGAGCAAACAGACCAGACUGCUGCCCGCAGCUCCCCGUCUCAUAGCAGCCAAGGACUCUAACUCGGACUCAAGGAAUUGGUCUCACG